GUAUUUUUAUAUAAAUACUAGAUUUUAUUUUCACGCAGUGUCUUGGCAAUUAUACGUCAUUAAAGAAUUCGCACUAGCCAACUGUAUAGUAAUUUAUUUUAGAAGUGUUAGAAAUUGGAAGAUGUCCAAUUUUUUCAUGCUGUCUUCCUUAUUGAUUUAAUAUUUGUGAAAUAUCUGCCUGAGUGACCAGAGCUGAAGCUCCGUCAACUAGACAAGAUGCCAGAGUUGAAAGUGACCUCAGAAAUUUAUAGCGAAUAUGACUACCAGACAACGAAAGAUCCUUCUAUUGAAGGCAAUGUCAUAUCAGAAUUUCCCUUUCUACUGCCUAAAAAGAAAGAAACUUUAACUUUUGAUGAAGACAGUGAUCUAGAUGUUGAAAGACCGAAAAAAGAAGUUAUCAGAAUAGAACAUAGCCCGCGCACCAACAUAGCCCUAGUCGGGCUGCAAGUAUGGCGCGGCGCGUUCCUCCUGGGCGACCUACUCAUCAGCCUCGGCCUCCGCGGGGAGCUGGCGGGCCGGACCGUGCUGGAGCUGGGGGCCGGGACCGGGAUCACCAGCUUUGUCGCCUCUAUUUAUGCCAAGCGGGUUGUGUGUACAGACUUAAACUACGGCGGGAUUCUCGACCUGAUAAAGCUGAACUCGAAGAACAACGCUCAGCUGAUAAAGUCUACGUUCAAGGUGCUUCCCCUCGACUUCACGGAGACGUCGUGGAGCGAGGAGCUGAGCCGGGAGGUCGCCGACACUGACAUCAUACUCGCUGCUGAUGUAAUCUACGACGACGACAUAACAGCCGCCUUCGUGUCGACCCUGCAGCGAAUCCUCAACACGCGCCCGCCCAAGACUCUCUACAUGGCUCUAGAAAAACGAUACGUCUUCACCAUUGAGCACCUAGACUCCGUCGCGCCCUGCUACGAAACAUUCCUCACACUCAUAGACAAAGUCAACACAGAUAACCCCCAUUCCAAAUGGACCAUGGAGUUAUUACCUCUGAAUUUCCCCAAAUACUUCACCUACGAGAGAGCAAAGGAACUUUUGCUGUGGAAAAUAUGCUCCACCCCGUGUUAAAACAAAGACAUGCUACUGUGAUAUUAUAAUGUUUUAUUUAAAUAAAUAAAUAUCUGUAUAAAUAA